AUGGGGGAUGUGCAGAAGGGGCUGCUCUCUGUCAUCCAGAAGCUGAAGGGAUCCCCGGAGCAGGAGCUCCGCAUCGUCCUGCUGGGGCUGGACAACGCGGGCAAGACCACGCUGCUGAAGCGCCUGGCGUCCGAGGAGGUCAGCACCAUCACCCCCACACAGGGAUUCAACAUCAAGAGCGUGCAGUCCCACGGUCUCAAGCUGAACGUUUGGGAUAUCGGGGGGCAGCGCUCCAUCCGGCCCUACUGGAAGAAGUACCUGGGCAGCACAGACCUGCUGAUUUAUGUCAUUGACAGCGCUGAUCAGAAGCGUUUCGAGGAGACAGGGCAGGAGCUGGCAGAGCUCACGGAGGACGAGUCCCUGACGGGGGUCCCGCUGCUGGUGUUUGCCAACAAGCAGGACCUGGUGACUGCAGCACCUGCAGCUGAAAUUGCAGAGGGGCUGAGCCUGCACACCUACCGGGACCGGGAGUGGCAGAUCCAGGCCUGCUCGGCCCUGUCUGGGGAAGGGGUGCAGGAUGGGAUGAACUGGAUUUCCAGCCAGAUCAUGAACAGGAAGAAGUGA